GCCCGGGGCCGCGGCUGCCCCAGUCCCGCUGCCCGCGGGCGCGCUUGGGGUUCGCGAGCCCGCGGUGCUGAUCCCGGUUCGUCGCGCCGCCUGCCCGCCCGCUGUAUGCCCCCCGGGCGCGGCCAUGGAGGUGGUGGGCGACUUCGAGUACAGCAAGAGGGACCUCGUGGGACACGGGGCCUUCGCCGUGGUUUUCCGGGGGCGGCACCGCCAGAAAACUGAUUGGGAGGUAGCUAUUAAAAGUAUUAAUAAAAAGAACUUGUCAAAAUCACAAAUACUGCUUGGAAAGGAAAUUAAAAUCUUAAAGGAACUUCAGCACGAAAAUAUUGUAGCACUCUAUGAUGUUCAGGAAUUGCCGAACUCUGUCUUUCUGGUGAUGGAGUAUUGCAAUGGUGGAGACCUGGCAGAUUAUUUGCAAGCUAAAGGAACUCUCAGUGAAGAUACUAUCAGAGUGUUUCUACAUCAGAUUGCAGCUGCCAUGCGAAUCCUGCACAGCAAAGGAAUAAUCCACAGGGAUCUCAAACCGCAGAACAUUUUGUUGUCUUACGCCAAUCGCAGAAAGUCAAGUGUCAGUGGUAUUCGAAUCAAAAUAGCGGAUUUUGGUUUUGCUCGUUACCUACACAGUAAUAUGAUGGCUGCAACGCUGUGUGGAUCCCCAAUGUACAUGGCUCCUGAAGUUAUUAUGUCUCAACAUUAUGAUGCUAAGGCAGACUUGUGGAGCAUAGGAACAGUGAUAUAUCAAUGCCUAGUUGGAAAACCACCUUUUCAGGCCAAUAGUCCUCAAGACCUAAGGAUGUUUUAUGAAAAAAACAGGAGUUUAAUGCCUAGUAUUCCUAGAGAAACUUCACCUUAUUUGGCUAAUCUCCUUUUGGGUUUGCUUCAGAGAAACCAAAAAGACAGAAUGGAUUUUGAAGCAUUUUUUAGCCAUCCUUUUCUAGAGCAGGUUCCAGUAAAAAAAUCUUGCCCAGUCCCAGUGCCUGUAUAUGCUGGUUCUGUCCCUGGAAACUCCUGUGGCAGCUCUCCAUCUUGUCGCUUUGCUUCUCCACCAUCCCUUCCAGAUAUGCAGCAUAUUCAGGAAGAAAACUUAUCCUCCCCACCAUUGGGUCCUCCCAACUAUCUACAAGUGUCUAAAGAUUCUGCCAGUACUAGUAGCAAGAACUCUUCUUGUGACACGGAUGACUUUGUUUUGGUACCACACAACAUCUCGUCAGACCACUCAUAUGACAUGCCAAUGGGAACUACUGGCAGACGUGCUUCAAAUGAGUUCUUGGUGUGUGGAGGAACUACAGUCUCUGCUGCUCUAAUGUACUCUGGAGUUUGCCUCUGCUUUCACUGGCCUCCCAUCUGGCAGUGUCAACCAACUGUGUCACCUCACAGUGAAACAGCCCCAAUUCCAGUUCCUACUCAAAUAAGGAAUUAUCAACGCAUUGAACAGAAUCUAACAUCUACUGCCAGCUCUGGCACAAAUCCGCAUGGUUCUCCAAGAUCUGCUGUGGUACAAAGGUCUAACACCAGUCCCAUGGGCUUCCUCCGGUUGGGAUCUGGCUCCCCUGCACCAGCAGACACAGCUCAGACAGUUGGACGAAGACUGUCUAUUGGGUCUUCUAGGCCUUAUUCACCUUCCCCUUUGGUUGGUACCAUUCCUGAGCAGUUUAGUCAGUGCUGUUGUGGACAUUCUCAGGGCCAUGAAUCCAGAAGUAGAAACUCUUCAGGUUCUCCAGUGCCACAGGCUCAGUCACCACAGUCUCUCUUAUUGGGUGCUAGACUGCAGAGCGCCCCUACCCUUACUGACAUCUAUCAGAACAAACAGAAGCUAAGAAAACAGCACUCUGACCCUGUGUGCCCAUCCCAUACUGGGGCUGGAUACAACUACUCACCUCAGCCCAGUCGGCCUGGCAGCCUUGGAACAUCUCCCACCAAGCAUAUGGGAUCUUCUCCACGGAGUUCUGAUUGGUUCUUUAAAACUCCUUUACCAACAAUCAUUGGUUCUCCUACUAAGACCACAGCUCCUUUCAAAAUCCCUAAAACACAAGCAUCUUCCAACCUGUUAGCCUUGGUUACUCGUCAUGGGCCUGCUGAAGGGCAGUCCAAAGAUGGGAAUGACCCACGGGAAUGUUCCCAUUGCCUUUUGGUACAAGGAAGUGAGAGGCAUCGAUUUGAACAACAGAACAAAGCAGUGUUUGGCAGAUCUGUCAGUACUGGGAAGUUAUCAGAUCAACAAGUAAAGGCAUCUUUAGGUGGACACCAGGGCAGCACUGAUAGUUUAAAUACAGAACGGCCUAUGGAUAUAGCUCCUGCAGGAGCCUGUGGUGUUGUACUGGCACCACCCGCAGGAACCGCUACAAAUUCUAGGGCUGUCCUCUUCACUGUGGGGUCUCCUCCACACAGCGCCACAGGCCCCACUUGUACCCAUAUGGUCCUACGAACAAGAACCACCUCAGUGGGGUCCAGCAGCUCAGGAGGCUCUCUGUGCUCUGCAAGUGGCCGUGUGUGUGUGGGCUCCCCACCUGGCCCGGGCUUGGGCUCUUCCCCACCGGGAGCAGAGGUAGCUCCCAGCCUGAGAUAUGUGCCUUAUGGUGCUUCACCCCCCAGCCUAGAGGGGCUUAUCACUUUUGAAGCCCCCGAACUGCCAGAGGAGACACUGAUGGAGGUAGAGAAAAGACUACAGUGGUGUGAUAAUAUAAUGUUGAUAUGAUGUGAGUGUUCUAGUGGUGACAAAAGGAUAAAAUAAAUUGAGCAGUUCUGAAAUUAUGCUCCUCCCCCCUGCCCCCAUACUGGGAACAUGAACCCAGGGGCAUUCUAUUGUUGAGCUACAUCCCCAGCUCUUUUUUAAAUUUUUUAUUUUGAGACAGGGUCUUGUUAAGUUUCGGAGGCUGCCCUUGAACUUCCUGCCUUAGCCUCCCAAGCUGCUGAGUUUACAGACAUCCAGAGGCACUCAAUCACUGAGCCAUGUCCCUAGCCUUUUUUUAUAUUUUAUUUAGAGACAGGGCCUCACUAAGUUGCUGAGGCUGCUUUGAACUCAUAAUCCUCCUGCCUCAGCCUCCCAAGCUGUUGGGAUUACAGGAGUGCACCACCAUGUCUGGCUUCUUUCUUUUCUAUUUGAAAAACAUUAAUAUUAUAUUUUCAAAAUAAUGUUGCUACACUCAUCCAUAGCAACCAUGUUCAUAGGAAGUGACACAUUAUG